CCCCACCCCACCCACCCCACGCACCCAUCAUACCCCCACCCCCUCUCUUCCACUCCCCAAAAUCCCAUCAUUUUCUCCGUCCCCAUUUCAGAUCAAGAACCCAAAAAACCAAAACGAAAAUCCCCUGAAAAGAAAUGGAACAUCACACAACAACAAGCAGAGCAGAAGCAGAAAGACUCCUAGGGGUUGCAGAGAAGCUCUUACGUGAAAAAGACUUCGCCCCAUGUAAAGAUUUUGCUCUAUUAGCACAAGAAACUGAGCCUUUACUCGAAGGACCUGACCAGAUCUUAGCAAUUGCUGAAGUACUUUUAGCUUCAUCAAAGCGUAUCAACAAUCACCAUGAUUGGUAUUCCAUUCUUCAAAUCCAAGGUCGUACUGAAGAUUCUGAGUUAAUCAAGAAACAGUAUCGUCGUCUUGCUCUUCUCCUUCAUCCUGAUAAGAAUAAAUACCCUUCUUCUGAUGUUGCUUUUGGUCUUGUUGCUGAUGCUUGGGCUGUUCUUUCAGAUCCCAACAAAAAGGGUUUGUAUGAUAACGAACUUUCGCUUUUUACACGGGUUAAUAUGGUGCCCGGUGGUGGUGGAGGAAGAGGCGGCCGUGGGAGGCCGAGGGGUAGUUAUAAUAAGCACAAGAAAGGAGAUGAUAAAUUGCCUGUCAGGAGGAGUAGUAGGGCUAGUGGUAAUUCGGGUCAGAGUCCCAACCCGAACCCGACUCCUACCCCGCCCCCACCUAAGGCGGCGCCGCCAACACCAGUGAGUAGUGGGAUAAGGGGACAAAGGGUGGUGAAUUUUUGGACUUCGUGUCCUUACUGUUAUAAUUUGUAUGAGUAUCCUAGGGUUUAUGAAGGGUGUUGUUUGAGGUGUGAUAAGUGUAAGAGAGCUUUUACUGCUACUGAGAUUUUGACAAUGCCACCAUUGGUGCCAGGGAGAGAAGCUUAUUAUUGUAUUUGGGGUUUUUUCCCAAUGGGAUUUGUGACUGGGAAUAUGGAGGAGUUGGGUAAUGGGAAAGGCACCGCGACUGACGCUGCUGCUGCUGCUACUGGUGCAUUUCCUACUUGGAUGCCACCUAUGUUUUCGUCUGAUGGGAAUGCGAAUGUGAAUGUUGCGAUCCCGAAUGCUACUCCUCUGGGUCCGGUUCCAGUUCAGGCUGCAGCUGCAGCGCCAGCGCCAGCACCAGUGAGGGUUCAGGCUCCUGUUUCUGCUGCUCCGAGACCAAUGUCGUCAACUGGACCUAAGAAAAGAGGUAGACCUAGGAAGUAUAACUAAAAAAGGUUUGAUUUUUAUGGUUUUCAAAAAUGAAUUGCCUCAAGAAUUUUUAGUGUAUGGAAUUAAUGUUUUAGUGGGGGUUGAGGCAGAUGAAUUGGUAAGGUUUACAUGAGCCAAGAAUCUUCGUAAAUUGAAUGAUCUAAUGUCGUAGUAAGUUGAGCAAAGUGAGCAAAAGUUGAUGCUUUUCUUCACUCAUAUGAAGAAGUAUGUAACUGCACAAUGCUUCUUCUAAUUGUAGAAAUUUCUCGUAGCUUGUUGUUAUUAGAUGUCGUUGUGUUUGUAGAAAUUUCUCUUGUUGUUGGUAGGCUUCCGGGGUUUUGUAGGCACUGUAUUUAUUCGAUUCUCAAGACUUGUAGACUCUUAUGUAGUUGAAUGAUCUUUUAUGCCGAAUUUCUAAAUUCUCGUA